GUGGUAAAUCCGGCAUAAGCCGAGGUAAAGCCGGCGAGAAGGCGAGGCAGCCCCGUGGGUGUCCGGCCGGGAGCCACGGGCUCUGUCCUUCUCUGGCAGGGGCUGCAGCCACACUGGUGCGAGAAGACACCUGUUGGGAAGGAGCGGUUUGAAACAUCUGAGACAGCUGCUUAGCACAAGCUGCUUUGCCCUAUAUGACUGUUAUGUACUUCAGAAUAACUGUGGCUGACACAGACUGAACACAUGCAUCCACUUCCAAAAUCUGCCUGAGAAAAUAGAUUGUAUCUGCUGUUUGCCUUUGAUUAAUGAGAUUUCCUUAUGUGGUCAUGUAGAUGUGUUUAUUUCAGCCUUAAAAUCGCUGAUGCAAAUCCUUGCUAUGGCAUCUGUGGCUUCACCAGUUAUAUUUAAGGAAUUUUGUCCCUUGUAUUAUCUCCUCAAUGCCAUUCCUACAAAGAUCCAGAAAGGCUUUCGCUCUAUUGUGGUUUACCUGACAGCUCUUGAUACCAAUGGAGACUACAUUGCUGUGGGGAGCAGCAUUGGAAUGCUUUAUCUCUACUGCAGACAUAUAAACCAGAUGAAAAAAUAUAAUUUUGAGGGGAGGUGUGAAUCUAUAACUUUUGUAAAGCUGUUAAGUUGUUUUGAUGAUCUCGUUGCUGUUGGCACAGCCUCAGGUCGGGUUGCAGUUUUCCAGCUUGUGUCUUCAUUACCUGGAAGGAACAAACAGCUUCGUAGAUUUGAUGUUGCUGGUAUCCACAAAAGUAGCAUUACAGCUUUAGCUUGGAGUCCCAAUGGAAUGAAAUUAUUCUCUGGAGAUGACAAAGGAAAGAUUGUCUACUCUGCACUAGACCUAGACCAGGGUAUUUGCAACUCCAGCCUUGUAUUGGAAGAGCCAUCUUCGAUUGUCCAGUUGGAUUACAACCAGAAGGUGCUGCUUGUCUCUACUUUGCAGCGGACUCUGCUUUUUUACACAGAAGAGAAAUCCGUCAACCAAGUUGGAACACAGCCCAGAAAAAACACUGGCAAAUUUGGAGCAUGUUUUAUACCUGGCCUGUGUAAACAGAGUGACUUGACACUAUUUGCUGCCAGACCUGGGCUUCGUCUGUGGAAGUCUGAUGUUCAUGGGACUGUUCAGGCCACAUUCAUAUUGAAAGAUGUAUUUGCUGGAGGAAUAAAAACUUUUGAACUGUAUCCUCGUUUAGAACCACCUGACAGAGGAAGUUACAGCUCUCCAGAGAAACACCUUGGGCUUGUCUCGUGCUUUUUCCAAGAAGGAUGGGUGCUGACCUGGAACGAAUACAGCAUCUAUUUACUGGACACUGUGAACCAGGCUUUGAUUGGUGGCUUGGAAGGAUAUGGUGAUAUUGUGUCUGUGUCCUGUACCAACAAUGAGAUUUUUCUCUUAAAGGGAGAUAGAGACAUAAUAAGAAUUUCAAAUAGACCUGAAGGACUGUCAUCAAUAGAUACAAGUCCUAAAUUGCUGACCCCAUCAUCAGUAGUUUCAUCUGUAUCAUCCAGCCCUUCAGUGGAAACAGAAAGAAAAAUGGUUACUUCCCCAUCAGUUACUGAUGAUAAAAAUGGCACUUCUUCUUUGGUGAAAGAUGAUCUGGAAACUCCAACACUAUCCGAGAAAAGUUUUGAUAGAGUGGGAGACUUGAGCAAUGAAGUCAGGAGAAGGGGCUGCUCUGUAGUAAGUGAAUCACGAAGCAGGAGCAGCUCUGUGAACUCUGUGGACAGUGGCUCAAGCUUUCUGAUGUGUGCAGACCAACUUCCAGAAGCUCAGAGGGAAGGCCAGCUUUCUUCACAACGGUUCAGCACCAUCAGCUCUGAAGAUUUUGAUCAAGAACUUAUUGUAAAGCCAAUUAAGGUGAAAAAGAAAAAAAAGAAGAAACAGGAAAGUGGGACAAGGAGAAACCACAGCUCUCUGGAAGGCACACCAAUUUAUGAGCGUCAGCUUUCUGGUGACAGUCCACAUUCCUUGAAUGCAGACUCCUUUUCCAUGACUUCCAGCAUAAUGAGUGGCAGCAUUGAUCAUUUGAGUACUGGAUCUCCAGAUCAGGAAAGUAUGUUCAGCAUGGAGUCCCAUACAAUCUUGCAAGAAGAUAACGGUUCAGAAACUUUCAGUGUCCUGCAGUCUCCUGAGUCAGCAAAUGUACUAAUUAAUGAAGAAAAUGGAGAUGUGGCUGAUUUACAGAAACUUCCAAACAGUGACAGUGGCAUGGGUACUUCAGCUGUUAUUGAUACUUUGACAUCUGCAUCUCCUCUGAUGCUCACAGAAGACUUGACAAGCAGUGUUGGUGGUGAAUGUAAUGGUGAGGUGGUUUCUGCAGGCAAUGAAUGCUGUCCUGGAAAGCUGAGCCAGGAGGAGGAGGAGCAGGAUUUUUCAACAUUGUGUAAAAUAGAUGAAGACUUGGUUAAAAUGAAGCUGCAGGAUACUGAAAAAUCUUCUGAAGAUCCAGACCUUACAGACCAGAUGUUAUUGGAAUGUGACAGUAUACUUGGUGUGCAGACAUCUCUGACACCAAAGGAAAGUGAUGAAACUGGUGAGGAAGACCAACAGCAGCUGUCUCUAAUCCACAGUGCUCUGUCAGACCCUUCUGCACUCCAGUGUGACAUCGCUGACAGUGUUCAUUCAGAUAACUGUUCCAUUUCUGGGUGGAAUUUUGAAAGUGCAAUCAAAGCUAAAUGUAGUACUAGCACUGCUGAAAGGGUAGCAGACACUCAUGAAAGUAGGACUGAAAAAUCUGCCUCAAGUGAUGAAGAGGAUAUUUAUGGACAUGGAUUACCAUAUUCAUCCUCAGAGACCAGCAUGCCUGAAGUUGGUGCUGUGCCUGGUGCACAGGAUGUAGCCAAGAUAAGCCUAGAUGAAAUGGUGCUGUUAAAAUCUGAUCAGUUUGCAGAGAGCUGGAUGGGAUACUCUGGCCCUGGAUAUGGCAUCCUGAGCCUGGUUGUCUCAGAAAAAUACAUUUGGUGCCUGGACUACCGAGGCAGCCUGUACUGCAGUGCCCUUCCUGCAGCCGGCCUGCGCUGGCAGAAGUUUGAGGAUGGAGUCCAGCAAGUGGCAGUUUCCCCCUCAGGGACUCUUCUCUGGAAGAUUGAACAAAAGACUAACAAAGCUUUUGCUUGUGGAAAAGUAACGAUAAAAGGAAAACGGCACUGGUAUGAGGCUUUACCCCAGGCUGUAUUUGUGGCUCUAAGUGAUGACACUGCCUGGAUUAUCAGAACAAAUGGAGAUCUGUAUCUACAAACAGGCCUGAGUGUGGAUCGUCCUUGUGCCCGAGCAGUAAAGGUUGACUGCCCUUAUCCACUGUCACAGGUCACAUCCAGGAAUAAUGUGGUGUGGGCUCUGAGCGAGCAGCGCGCCCUGCUCUACCGCGAGGGAGUGCGCAGCUUCUGUCCUGAGGGGGAGCAGUGGAAGAGUGACAUUGUCAGUGAAAUGCAAGCUUUGGAACCAGUGUGCAUAACCCUUGGUGAUCAGCAGACGUUAUGGGCUUUGGAUAUCCAUGGCAAUCUCUGGUUCAGGACUGGUAUAGUUUCAAAGAAACCACAAGGAGAUGAUAACCAUUGGUGGCAAGUAAGCAUCACUGAUUAUGUAGUGUUUGACCAGUGCAGCCUGUUCCAGACCAUAAUCCAGGCAACUCACACGGUGGCAACAGCAGCUCAGGCACCUGUGGAGAAGGUGGCUGACAAGCUUCGAAUGGCAUUUUGGUCACAGCAGCUUCAGUGUCAGCCCAGCCUCCUUGGAGUCAAUGGCAGUGGAGUCUGGAUCUCUUCAGGCAAAAAUGAAUUCCAUGUAGCAAAGGGAAACUUAGUAGGCACGUAUUGGAAUAAUAUUGUGCCUCGUGGUACUGCUUCUGCCACAAAAUGGAUUUUUGUGUUGGCUUCCCCAGCUUCAUCUAAAGAAGGAAGCUUUUUGUGGCUGUGCCAAAGCACCAAGGAUCUGUUUUGUGUCAGUGAUCAGAAUCCUCAUUUUCGUCCUUCUACGGUGCAGCUGCCACCAGAGGCUGAAAUGGUGCACUACUCUGCCUGCCAGGAUGCCAUUUGGGGCUUGGAUAGUCUCGGGCAGAUAUUUAUCAGAACACUUUCCUCCAGCUGCCCAACAGGGAUGCAUUGGACAAAACUGGAUCUCUCUCAACUAGGUGGUGUAAAGCUGAUCAGCUUGACCUGUGGAAAUCAGCAUGUUUGGGCCUGUGACACCAACGGUGGCAUUUAUUUCCGUGUAGGAACUCAGCCUCUUAACCCAAGUUUGAUGCUUCCUGCCUGGAUAAUGAUUGAGCCACCUAUACAGCCAGUAGGAAUCAACUUGGUCAGCAUUCAUUCAAGUCCAAAUGAUCAGAUGUUGUGGGCAAUUGAUAGCAAGUGGAAUGUCCAUGUACGAGUUGGAAUUACAGAUGAAAUGCCUGUAGGCACUGACUGGGAACAUGUACCAGGUUUGCAGGCCUGCCAGCUGGCUCUGAGUGCCAGGACGGUGUGGGCGCGCUGCCCCAACGGAGACGUCGCUCGCCGGUACGGCGUCACUGACAAGAAUCCUGCAGGAGACUACUGGAAAAAGAUUCCUGGGAAUGUCUCACGGUUAACAGUGACCCCUCUAGAUGAACUGUGGGCGAUCAGUACUUCAGGAUCUCUGCUCCAGCGCCUCACUAAGACCUUUAGCCAUUCCCAUAGUUUGCAGAAAAAUAAUGACACCUCUGUUCUGCUUCACCCUGAUGAUCUGGAAGAUGAAUGGGAAGUGAUAUGAAGUCUGUCAAGCUUGUGAAGCAGUGAAAAAAAACCAGGAGGACAAAAUUUCUGUAAUGUAUGUACAGAAUAUUGGAUCUAAAAGCCACUCAUAUUGGACCUGUGAUAUUAGCACUUUUGUAUUGGAAAACUGACCUGUUAAAUAGCCCCCAAGCUGUGAGUUCUAAUGUUUGUUACAUAAUCUUUUGGGAGACUCUUUAGGUGUGGCAUACUGCAGUUGUUAUACCGUACUACUGUAAAAGCUCCUUUGGAAAUAUAACUUUUAAGUUAACCUUACUAGCGAUGAAAGUGAGUACUUCACAACAGCAUGCAACUAAUGUACUGAUUUUGAGAAGGAAUUCUGUUGCAUUAAAUAUUUCUCUACAGUGGAAACAUCAAGCAUUUCUCAAUUUCUUCUUGUAGUUGGAACUCCAUACCAUUCUGAUGGGAUCACUCCCUGACUCUUGUACAUAUAUUUAGAAUUAUUUUUCCUUGCAGCAUGGAAGAAAAUAUGGUGAAGUAUUUCUUAGUAAGAUCUGAGAACAUCAUGACUACACAGUAUUGUUAGAAUGAACUUAGUUUGAUCCAUUUCCAUAUAAAUAAUUGUGAGGCUAUACUAACCUUCCAUUUCCAGAAAUUUUGUUCAUAAUUUGGCUUCAUUCACAAGGUAGAGGUUUGGAUUACACCUAAUAUCAGGGGGACUUUUGCCCAUUUCCAUAGCCAUCAGGAAGCUGACAGAGUUUUGGGGGUGAGUCCCAGUUUGGAAUAAGUGGUCGCUUGUUGAGUUUGUAGUACAAAGCAGGAAUGUACAAGGCAGCUUUCAUAAUUCCUGUUGUGCUGUAUUUGUGCCUCCAGCCAGCGCUUUAACGUUUGGACUCAUAUUGUUUUGAGUACCAAACUUAAAUUUGUUAAGAAUAAAAUGGUAAUUGAUAGAAUUACCUAUAUAUCCCAUUUAAAAUCGUGAUAUUGUGAGAAAAUACUUAACAAUAUUCUGAUUUUUAGCUAUGUUAGCUAAAUUUUGAAGUGUCUUAUACUUAACAGAUGUUGCAACGGGAGUAUGUGAUGAACUGGGAAAUAACCUAAGUUAAUCAUUGCAGUUUAUUUUUCUUUAUACUAAAUCUCCUUUGAAAGAUACCUCAUCUUUUUUAAGCAAUAGAACUAUAGAUGAGAGAACCUGAGUUCAGUAUGUAGGCGGAGGAGUUAUUUUGUGUUUGUUCUAAGCUUAUAAAUCAUCAGAAUGUUUUAAGCAGCUGCUAACCAAUACUGUAAAAGAGCCAGCUUCAGGAAAGGCCAAGAGUUGAAAAGUGGGGAUGUUUCUGUUUUCAGAACUUAACACAAAUGGAAAAGGAUGUGUUUUCUUUUUAACCUCUGUUCUUUUUCAGAAUAGUUCAUGCGUGUACUGCACUAAACUUGGAACAAACAUGGCGCAAGGUGAGAAUGUGAAUUGGGGGAGAGAGAAGUUAUGUCUUUUUUUUUUUUUUUUUUUUUUUUUUAGUAGCACUUGUGGCAUUGGCUUACAGUUCUCAGUUGAAUCUCAGUCCUACAGGAAGGACAGAUUUAUUUCCCUUUUACAGAUUGUUUGCUUCUUUGCUGUCUCAUCUCUAUACAGAGAUUACCCCAGAGGGAUUCUUUUAGCCUGUCUGGAAGUGGAUGGUAAUGGAAUCAGCUUGUGAAGUAACCCAGUCUGUUUUAUGCAAGCAUAGCUUGGUGUCUUGAGGACCCCAAAGAAGCUGAAAUUCAGCUUAAAAGUAUCUUGUGGCAACUCCUUGUCAAUCACUUUGGAGAAAGGACAUGAGAAAGAGCAAUUUCUCUGUGCCCUCCAAGCACCAGAUGCUCAAGUACAAUGGCAUUAUUUAAUAGUGACACUUUUGUAUUACAUUUUUCAAAAUCAUCUUAGUAAUGGGUUGAGCUUGCUAGUUGUUUAUUUACUGUAUAAUACUGUUCCUUGCUAUGGUCGUUAAUAUUCAAUUGGUGUCAAGAGCUCUUACAAACUACUUUUUAGGGUAGUUUCAACAAAAUUAGGAUGGGUUUUUUUACUUUUAUUUCUGUAUUUAGUUUUUGAUUUUGUUUGUGCUUUAAGACAAAGUGCAAUAAAUUAGAUUUUUAAGAAAUAAA